CCUAAACCUAAAAGCAGCAAAACGACCUUCUUUCUCAACUCGCAGUUCCAAAACCCUCUCAGUCGCUUUAUAUCUCUCUCUCUGUCUCAGCUGUUGCCGCAAAACCCAGGAGCUCUCUGGCUAUGGCGGAGUACGACCUAACUCCACGCAUCGCGCCCAACCUAGACAGGCAUCUGGUGUUUCCCCUUCUCGAGUUCCUGCAAGAGCGACAGAUGUACCCAGAUGAGCAGAUCCUCAAGUCCAAGAUCGAGCUCCUUAACAAGACCAACAUGGUCGACUACGCCAUGGACAUCCACAAGUCCCUCUACCACACCGAAGACGUCCCCCAAGAUAUGGUGGAUAGGAGGGUGGAGGUGGUGGCUCGCCUCAAGGUCCUGGAGGAGUCGGCGGCGCCGCUUGUGAAUUUCUUGCAGAACGCGGCUGCCGUUCAGGAGCUGAGGGCUGACAAGCAAUACAAUCUCCAGAUGCUCCAUGAGCGUUACCAGAUCGGUCCACAGCAGAUAGAGGCAUUGUAUCAGUAUGCAAAAUUUCAGUUUGAAUGUGGUAACUACUCUGGCGCUGCUGAUUAUCUCUAUCAGUACAGGGCUUUAUGCACAAACAGUGACAGGAGUCUGAGUGCAUUGUGGGGAAAGCUGGCAGCUGAGAUAUUGAUGCAAAACUGGGACAUUGCUCUUGAAGAGCUUAAUCGCUUGAAGGAAAUUAUCGAUUCAAAGAGUUUCAGUUCGCCUAUGAAUCAGGUGCAAAAUAGAAUAUGGCUAAUGCAUUGGAGUCUCUUCAUAUUUUUCAACCACGAUAAUGGAAGAACACAGAUCAUUGACUUGUUUAAUCAGGACAAGUAUCUGAAUGCCAUUCAAACCAAUGCUCCCCAUCUUGUGCGUUACUUAGCGACUGCGUUCAUUGUCAACAAGAGAAGGAGACCUCAAUUCAAGGACUUUAUAAAGGUUAUUCAGCAGGAGCAGAAUUCUUAUAAAGAUCCCAUAACAGAGUUUUUGACCUGCGUAUAUGUUAAUUAUGACUUUGAUGGUGCACAAAAGAAGAUGAGGGAGUGUGAAGAAGUAAUAUUGAAUGAUCCCUUCCUUGGAAAACGAGUUGAAGAAGGCAAUUUCUCAACUGUACCAUUGAGGGAUGAGUUCCUUGAAAAUGCUCGUCUAUUUAUCUUUGAGACCUACUGCCGUAUACAUCAGCGCAUUGACAUGGGAGUGCUUGCAGAAAAGUUAAACUUGAAUUAUGAGGAAGCAGAGAGAUGGAUUGUGAAUCUAAUUCGCAGCUCAAAGCUUGAUGCCAAGAUUGACUCACAGUCUGGAACUGUUAUAAUGGAACCUAACCAUCCAAAUGUGUAUGAGCAACUGAUAGACCACACUAAGGCAUUAUCUGGACGUACUUACAAGUUGGUUGGUCAGCUUCUGGAACAUGCCCAGUCACAGGUUGCUCGAUAAAUUUUGUUCAGUUCCUAGAUAUCCAAGAUAUUCUCUGAAAUUUCGUUGACAUGUAACUGAGGUCUGAAUUAGCAAGACUAGAAAUCUUAAAUUUUUGCAAAGGAGUUCACAAGCUUUUCUCAGGAACAUGUUGAGAUUUGUUGGAUAAAAAUGUAAUUUACUUUUGGAGGCAUGAUUUUUUGUCGCACCUUUGGAGCUUGGCUUUGAAGCUUAUGGAUAAUGAGUUCAAAUUUUACUCUUGCA